AGACCUCCAUUCUCACUGCUCCAGAGUUGUCUGAGAAACACAGAAAAAAUGGCAUCCCAAACCAUCGAAGCCUACCGAGAGGGCGCCGAGAUCUCCCACGGUGAUGCCUCGUUCAAAACAAGCUCCGUCCAAAUGCUUGAAGAGCUCGACCUUCCGAAGGGGCUCUUCCCUUUGGAAGACGUCGAGGAGUUCGGCUACAACCGGGCGGCCGGUUUCGUGUGGUUCUUGCAGAAGAAGAAAAAGGACCACACAUUCAAGAAGAUAAAGCAGGUCGUGUCGUACGGCCCCGAGGUGACGGCCUUCGUCGAGAAGGGCAGGCUGAAGAAGAUCACCGGGGUGAAGACGAGGGAGCUUCUGCUGUGGCUCACCGUCGUCGAAGUGUACAUCGAAGACCCUGUCAUCGGCAAAAUCACUUUUAAGACCGGCACCGGGCUCUCCGAUAGCUUCCACGUGUCGGCUUUCGAACUAGGCGAGUAAAAGAGAGAAACCGGUGCAGUUAUGGCAAUAAUCUGCAGUUUCUGCAAUGAAGCAAUAGAUCAAUCUGUCAUUUUGAAAUGUUUCUUCAGUGCCUUUUUCUCAUACUUGUUGAUUUGUCGGGGUGUUUGCUAAAUAAAAGUUUUCAUAACUUUGUUGUAACA